AUGGCCGACAACGUCUCCGCUGCGACCGCUACCACCCUCCCCCCUCCUCCCCAAUCUUCUACGGUUGCCUCCAACCAGCAGUACGAUGCAUCCCAGGGCAACGGCCAAGCCAAUCCUUCCCACAUGCCACCACCUCCCCGCCCGCCCGUGGUGAUCCCACAAAACACCAAUCCGAUUCCGACCGCCAUCACAUCGCCCAUGUCCGGCAAUAUGAUGUCCCCGACCAGCGCUGGUGGCUUCGUGCGUCGGGCGGCCCCUGAGCCAAACAAGAGGGCCCUUUAUGUCGGUGGCCUCGAUCCCCGAGUGACUGAGGAUAUCCUGAAACAAAUCUUUGAGACUACCGGUCAUGUUGUUAGCGUCAAGAUCAUCCCCGACAAGAACAAGUUCAACAGCAAAGGUUACAACUACGGCUUUGUCGAGUUUGAUGACCCCGGUGCUGCUGAGAGAGCGAUGCAGACGCUCAAUGGGCGCCGUAUCCAUCAGUCGGAAAUUCGUGUCAACUGGGCCUACCAAUCCAACAAUACGAACAAGGAGGACACCUCGGGCCAUUUCCACAUCUUCGUUGGUGAUCUGAGUAAUGAAGUAAACGACGAGGUGUUGAUGCAAGCCUUCUCUGCCUUCGGCUCCGUGUCUGAGGCUCGUGUCAUGUGGGAUAUGAAAACUGGUCGCUCCCGAGGAUAUGGUUUUGUUGCAUUCCGUGACCGUUCUGAUGCCGACAAGGCUUUGAACUCCAUGGAUGGGGAAUGGCUGGGCUCGCGUGCAAUCCGUUGUAAUUGGGCCAACCAGAAGGGCCAACCUUCGAUCUCUCAGCAACAAGCCAUGGCCGCAAUGGGCAUGACACCCGCUACGCAGUAUGGCCAUCACAACUUCCCUACCCACGGCAUCCAGAGCUACGACAUGGUCGUCUCACAAACCCCGCAGUGGCAGACCACGUGCUACGUGGGCAACUUGACCCCUUACACCACGCAGAACGACCUGGUGCCACUCUUCCAGAACUUUGGCUACGUGCUCGAGACUCGUCUGCAGGCGGACCGUGGAUUUGCCUUCAUCAAGAUGGACUCGCAUGAGAAUGCGGCCAUGGCCAUCUGUCAGCUCAAUGGUUACAACGUCAAUGGACGCCCUCUGAAGUGCAGCUGGGGCAAGGAUCGUCCUCCUACUGGCCAGUUCGACAACUUCUCUGGCCAGCAGGCCAGCUCACCUUUCAACUCUAGUCCCACUCCGUACUUUCCUCAGUACGGCGGUCCUGGGGGACCCAUGACCCCUCAAGGCCCCAACCCAGCCGGUAGAGGAUGGGACCAAUCCGGAAUGGGUGGUCAAGGCUACGGCCAAGUUCCUGGCAACGCAGGAUACGGCCGCGGCCAAGGCGCCCCAGCCUCUGGAUGGAACCAGCCAAACAAUGCCAAUUUCGGCAAUGGCUUCGGUGGCUAUCAAGCGUAG